AUGAAAGAUAAUGAAAGAGGGUUGGUUGUGGUUACCCAUAGUGGAAAGACGACAGAAGGGAAUGGGAUGGAGGAUGAGGACACUCGAACACAGGAAGGAAGCCAGGGUAUAGAGGAACGAGAAUUGCCUAGUCCACAAAACCUUGCCAAAGAACCACAAGAGGAUGUAGAGCAACACAGUCAAGUUCCAAAAGUCACGCACCUUUUGCCCAAAAUACCUCCACCAUUUCCUCAACGUUUGAAAACGAAGAAUGAAGAUGAGAAGUUCAAAAAACAAUUGUCAAUAUUCAAGAACUUUUUAAUUAACCUUCCUCUGGUGGAAGCAUUGUUAGAAAUGCAGGGAUACGCGAAAUUCAUGAAAGAGCUGGUUACAAAGAAAAUGAGCUUGGAGUAUGAAAGGAUCGAAGUGCCCCAUAGUUGCAGCGCAAUUAUGACAAAUGAGUCAAUCAUUAAGACAGAAUAUCCUGGGGCAUUCACAAUCCCGUGCACAAUUGGCAUGCUCCAAUUCACUAAAGCUUUGUGCGAUUUAGGAGCAAGCAUUAACUUGAUGCCCUAUGCAAUAUAUAAGCAACUUGGUUUGGGUGAACCAAAGGCAACCACAAUGAGACUCCUUAUGGCUGAUCGAUCAAUCAAGCACCCCAUAGGGAUACUCUAUGACAUACUGGUAAAAGUAGAUCGGUUCUUUUUUCCGGCCGAUUUUUUGAUUCUGGAUUGCAAGAUCGAUGCUGAAAUCCCCAUUAUUUUGGGAAGGCCAUUCUUAGCAACCAGGAGAGCAUUGGUGGAUGUCGAAAGCGGGAAAUUGAAGUUCCAUGUGAAUGAUGAUGAGGUGACCUUCAAUAUCUGUAAAUCUAUGAAGCAACCAAGUAAUAUCCAUGUGGUGUCCACUGAGGAUGUUAUCGAUGAGGCAGUGGCAAGUGUGAGCCAUUUAAUGCACAAAAAUGAACCCCUUGAAUCUGUAUUUGCCAACUAUGAUGAAUCCGAAGUUCAAGGAUAUGAGGAAGUGGUAUAUGCCUUAUCAGGGUUAGGAGUAUAUUCAAGGAAUCUAAUCAAGUUGGAUAUCGACCUGGAAAAUAGAGAAUGUCCUCCUGCAAAGCCAUCAACGAAAGAACCACCGAGUCUGGAGUUAAAAGCCCUACCUUCUCAUCUAAAGUAUGCCUUCUUAGGAGACAAUAAUACUUUACCAGUGAUUAUCGCAAAUAAUUUGCUUGAAAGGCAUGUAAAAUUGGUCAUUGAAGUAUUGCAGAAGCAUAUAAAAGUUAUUGGAUAG